AUGGAGGAGAUAACGGACGCACCUUGUCUAAGCGUGCCAAAACAAGUGAACCUUGCCAAACUGGCGAAUUACAUGCGACAAAGAGUGCGCCCAUCAAAUCCAGAGUUUGGACUUCGAGUUGGGCGAGGACCAUCUACUCGAGGGAUUCCUGUGUCGAGAUGUCCAGGUAAAAUUGAUGACAUGUAAUUGUUAUCAUGAGCUAAAAUCAUUUCAACCACCUUUGCCAAACAAUUCAAUUUUAAAGUCGUAUAAUCCAACGAUUUUUUUCUUUUGUGAAUGACAUAACCAAAUUAUGAAAACGUUGAUAGUACUAUAUAAUGCUUUUUAUCAAUGUGCAUUAAGAUUACAAGAUCCCCUUCCCCAAGCAAUUCAAUUAUGAAGGCAUUUAAUCAUUCCAUUACUUUUCUUUUAGGUGCGUGACCAUCAUUGCCACUGAUGAGCAGCUACUUAUACUUUCGCGUGCCAAAACUUGGUAGUGGAUGGUACUUUCAAGCUCUGCAAGACCCCAUUCACACAGUUAUUAACCAUUAACGCCUUCGUCCGGAGUGAGGAACAUCCAAAACAAAUACCCCUGGUAUUUGAAUUAAUGUCCGGGAAAAAGAAGAAAGACUACAGAGCGGUGGUCAAGGAGAUCUUAAGACUUCUACCAAACCAGCCUUUAGAGAAGAAAAUCACAGUAGACUUCGAAAGGGCCAUGUGGUCAACCUUCCGGAAGUUGCUACCCUAGAUAAGCAUCAUGUGAUACACAUUUCAUUGGACCCCUAUGCCAUGGACUUACCUACCGACUACUCUAAAUACUACCUUACAGAGUACCCCUAUGGAUUAGUACAGUUUUCAAGGGCUAAGAUUUAUUCAAUAAAUUGUCAUUCUUUGACCCCCUUUUAAACACCUAUUGGCUAAAAUACUCAAUGGAGUCAUUAAGUACGUAAGAAGGAGGCAAAAAACGCCAGUUCGAUGCAAAAUCUUCCGUUGUAAUCAAAGGUGCUAAUUACUUAAUUAAAUAACAUUCGACCUUGCUCAUUGGCUGUUGUGAGGUUGAGCGCGAAAUUUGAAUUUGUUUCGAUCCCUCAGCGACCGAACGCGUGUUUUAGCGAAAUAUGCCAAAACGUGCUUUAUUGUAGUCGGAAAAAUAGCCAGAAAGUAAAGUCUCAGGCGCAUGGGAUAUGGGGAAGUAUUUUUUCUGAUUUUUUUUUGUGGUAGCCCCGGGUGUUGAAAGUAACACGACACUUCGCUGUAUGCCAUUUGUAUUGUUCUCGUUUAUUGAAGGCAUCAAGUUCGCCGCGCCACACGAAAUCGUCAUACAUCAAACAGAACAUACAUCAAAACAGAACUAG